GUUGACGCGAGGUGUAUGCUGGGAAAGUUUUGAUCGUUCGCCAUUUUCCUGUUAGAAAGAGAGAGGGAGAGCCUGAAAGGUUGUAGCCUCGUAGCUACCAACAUUACCAGACAAGAUGGCGAGUCCGGGGAAAGACACGUUCAGGAUGAAGAGCUAUAAGAACAAGGCCCUGAUUCCUCAGGAGAUGCGUCGAAGGAGAGAGGAGGAAGGAAUACAGCUACGCAAACAGAAAAGAGAGGAGCAGCUGUACAAGAGGAGGAAUGUGUGUGUUCCUUCAAGUGAUGAAUCCAUGCUGGAGUGUCCGAUCCAGGAUCCAGACGUCAGCUCCACAGUGCCUGCUGCCGGGGAGGGGGUCAUCACUCCAGAUAUGAUUCAAAUGAUCUUCUCUGAGGACCCAGACCAGCAGCUCAUUGCUACACAGAAAUUUAGGAAAUUACUCUCCAAAGAGCCCAACCCCCCCAUAGAUGAGGUCAUUUCCACUGCUGGUGUUGUCAAUCUUUUUGUGCAGUUCCUGAAGAGGAGUGAGAACUGCACUCUACAGUUUGAGGCGGCCUGGGCACUCACCAACAUCGCCUCUGGGACCUUCCUGCACACUAAGGUGGUGAUUGAAACAGGAGCGGUCCCCAUCUUCAUCGAGCUGCUCAACUCUGAGUACGAGGAUGUCCAGGAACAGGCGGUGUGGGCCUUGGGGAACAUAGCUGGAGAUAACGCUGAGUGCAGAGACUACGUGCUGGACUGUGGCAUCCUGCCAUUUCUACAACAGUUACUCGCAAAGUCCAACCGUCUUACAACGACUCGCAACGCAGUGUGGGCUCUGUCCAACCUCUGCCGGGGGAAGAACCCACCACCUGAUUUUGCCAAAGUGUCUCCCUGUCUCAAGGUGCUGUCCCGGCUGCUGUUCAGCAGUGAUCCAGAUGUUCUGGCUGAUGCCUGCUGGGCUCUGUCCUACCUGUCUGACGGACCCAAUGAAAAGAUCCAGACGGUCAUCGACUCAGGGGUGUGCCGCAGAUUGGUGGAGCUGCUCAUGCACAGUGACUAUAAGGUGGUUUCUCCUGCUCUGCGUGCAGUCGGCAACAUUGUAACAGGAGAUGACAUCCAGACUCAGGUUAUCUUGAACUGCUCAGCUCUGCCGUGUCUCCUCCACCUGCUCAGCAGUCCCAAGGAGUCCAUCAAGAAGGAGGCGUGCUGGACCGUGUCCAACAUCACUGCAGGGAACCGGGCUCAGAUCCAGAAUGUGAUUGAUGCCAACAUCUUCCCAGUGCUGAUCGAGAUCCUCCAGAAGGCCGAGUUCCGCACGAGGAAGGAGGCGGCGUGGGCCGUCACUAACGCCACCUCCGGGGGCACGCCGGCACAGAUAACGUACCUGGUGUCCUUGAACACCAUCAAACCCAUGUGUGAUCUGCUCACCGUGAUGGACUCGAAGAUCGUGCAGGUGUCUCUGAACGGUCUGGAGAACAUCCUGCGGCUGGGGGAGCAGGAGGCCAAGCAGAGCGGCAGCGGCAUCAACCCGUACUGCGCUCUCAUCGAGGAGGCUUACGGCCUGGACAAAAUCGAGUUCCUGCAGAGCCACGAGAACCAGGAGAUCUACCAGAAGGCCUUCGACCUAAUCGAACACUACUUUGGAGUGGAGGAGGAGGACGCCAGCCUGGCCCCCCAGGUGGACCACACCCAGGGCCAGUUCCUGUUCCAGCAGCAGGAGGGACCCAUGGAGGGGUUCCAGCUCUAACCUCUCCUCCACUCUACACCCCCCCUCUCAUCCUGGGCUCUAUACCUCGGAGACAGCAGCCUGAUGGCCUCCAGACUCUCAAACAGACCUAACCCAGGUUGACUAGCUGCCCCAGACCUUCACUCUGGCUAUGAGUACAACGACUAUGGAGGGGGAUCUGUGAAUAUGGAGAUCAAAAACCACAGCGUGUGUGAAAAACAACUUUUUUUUUUUUCCUUAAGGCUACAGACUUUCCUUUGACUUCCUGGGAUAUUAUUUCACAUCAUCCUCAAUGAUGUUCAGCAUCCAUAUGUCAUUUUAAAUGACAAACUACCUCUUCAGAAAUAAAGCAAGAAAGCAAGUCUUACUCAAUGAACUUAAAUGAAAGGAAAUGACAGGCAGGGCUGAAGACUAGUAGAUGUACGUCUGCUGAACGUCCUCGAUACAUUUUCUCCUCUCCUUCCCACUUAAAAAGCACUUCAAGAGCGCAGAGAGACUUGUAUUUAUGUGUCUCGUGAUAGCAGUGGAGGUCCUCCUUCCCGUCAGCUCAGCUCUGAAGGCUACAGCUUCCUGGGUCAUGUAGCCAAGUGGACCAAGUGAAAUUAGUACAGUGUGUAGUCUUCACUCCUGUUUUCUUCGUCUAUUUGAAAUGUUCCUUAGUGCAGAAAGCAGUGUCCUGACCACGCAGGGGCUGUCUGUUACGUGAUGCAGUGUGUGAUAGUUAAAGACUCCACACAUCUGUUCCAUUUUCUAGUUACUCUGAACUAGCAACUAAAUAUAACUUAAAAUAUUGUUCUGCCAUCAAUCAGAUUCUUGACUUGAUGGUGAUAGUGGACUGAGUUGGAGGGUUUGUAUAUUAUAUAUACUGUGAGAAAAUAAGUAUUUAGGUGGCUAUAAGAGGGUGGGAUAUGCAUUUAAGUUUUCUGCCUGAAAAUGUAUUUGUGAUAUUUUCAGUCCAACUUUACGGUGGCCGACACGUUACAACGGACCGAAACACGCGCUGCAGUUUCAAAACGAUGCAAAUGGAGAAACGUUUGACAACACAUGCACAGCAUUAAGAAAUCAAUCACAAACUAGACAAAACUUGCGCAGCGUUCACUAAAAGUGCUGCAAGCGACUAAAAACAGCUUCACCAACAUUUAGAAAACAUUCACCAAUUUGAUGACACAAGCGCUGCAUCAAUAAUUGUCUCACAUAACUGUCACUGUCUCUGAAAACGUACAUCAAAUGUACGUUUUAUUGGCUUAUUUUAACAUUAUGAUCACAUAAUUCCUUCAGAUAUUAGCCUAUUCCUUUCAAAUAUACUGACCAACCAUACUUGCCAACCCUCCCGAUUUUCGCGGGAGACUCCCGAUUUCAUAGCCCUCUCCCGGUUUCCUCCCGGGGUCACAUUUCUCCCGCAUUUCUGACAAAAUCAGAUUUACUCAGGACUGUUUCCACUCGGACUUUAAUACAGCUACACCAUUGUUUGGUUUCCAUGGUAGCGCGUCUCUUUAGCAGCGUGCGCAACUGAAAGUCUGAGAGGGUGAGGAAGAUAGUCACAGCAAACAGAACAAGAAUCCUCUGCUCACUCCUUUCCUGUAAAAUACAGGUCCAGCCCACACAUGCUCCAUCAAGGAUGGUGCUCCAGGCCGCAAGGCAGUGCACUUACUACUACAAUAAGCAUGUGACCUCACCGUGGUGGUGAGGUCACAAGGUUGGCAAGUAUGUGACCAACACUUACUAUUAUGAAAGGCUAACUCUGCGAUAGUUGACCAACUUUAUAAUCCCUGAACGUCAACAAGUGCUCCGGUCCCAGCUGUGUGCGUCACUUUUUAGUGUCCCCGUUUCCGUUGUGUUUUGAGCUUCUUGCAGCGUUUUGUAUUGGCAGCGUUUUCGUCUAUGCAGUGUGUUUGUGUUUAUAUUUGAAUCGUUUCUGAAGCGCGUUUUCCUCAUGGAAAUGUUUUUGGCCGUUGUAGCUCGUUUGCACCUGUCGGCCACCAUACGAAUAUCUUCUCCGUUAUGUGCCCUUUUCAGGAUUCACCCUUUACAGUUUAUUUUUAUUUCAGGAGGUUCGUUUCCUCUUAAUCCUGAGGCUUUGGUUUUUUUAUUUUCAUGUAAUUGAUUUGUUGGUUUCGACUACAGUGUUUCCAUCUGUAGACUCAGUGAUUUGAGCGUUGGAUAUGAGCACACUGGCAGCACUCAUCAGUGGAUAACAUUAAAUGACUUAACUGUGAAAUGAAACGGAAAAUAUUUGUAAUGCAGAAAUGACAUCAAGCACAUUUAAUCGUGUAUAGUUUUCUAAUAAUUCUGGUUUGUAUGAUUGUGUAUAAUUAUUUUGUAGUGUUUUUAUUUUCUCCUGAAAGUGUGUGUCCUUGUAUAGGAGAUAAAUACUAUCUGCAGAACAGGCUGGGGUUUGAGACCUUGACAGCACACAGACAUCAGAGAAGUGUUGUGGGGCCUCACAACGCCUGUGUCGGCCAAUCAGUGGCCCCUGAACACAUCAUCCAUGGCGACAGACAGCUUACUGACUUUGUGUCGGGGCCUGAACACAGCUGAUCACAGGUCUGAUCUCUUGCUCUUCUUGUGGAUGCAUACUUAUAUUGUAAAACAAGAAUGAUUUAAAUUAUUCUAUUGAUAAAAA